AUGUUCAACCAAUCGGUCAUUGUAGCACUCACGUCGGCAGCAAAGGUUACCAAUGCAACACCAUCCCUUAACGCUGCAAGGAAUCUUGGUUCCAUAGGAACUUCAAAUCAUGUUAGCAACCCGGCUCCAGCAGGACGAGCUUUUUGUUGUGUUUGGGCCUGCCUCGGAAUGGCGACGAUACCCAUGCUCAGACAAUUUAGCAUGAAAGUCAAACUCGCGUGCGCCAGUGACCUCUUUGGAAUUGGAGACGAGAUUGGCCAAUGCGACCAACGUGGACACGAUACUUUGGAGGGAUUACUCGUGUUGGUUGGUUGUCCGUUCCCGGAAAUCGAGGGCGAACGCGCUGUUCCUAGGGAACCGACCCCAGUGCUUCAGGGGACGCCAGUCUUUGGGGAAACUGACCAAGAUGAUCAGCUAUGGCCGGCACUCAGAUCCAAUCAACGGGCGGUGGAAUGUCGGAAGCUACUAGUGCAACCGAUGAGCUCCGGAUUAUUUCGCCCACGGCCUUUGCCAAGUCUUCAUCGUCGUCCGCUUGACAGGGAAAGGUACUCCACUAGGCAACGAUCAACUGCCCGAUGGGGACGUCGCGGAAGAUGA